GAUCCAUAUGUUGUCUACAACAUAGAAGCUCUAGUGCCUUCACACCCCAAACAGACCCUUAUAACUCUAAACCCUACAAAAACCUUUAUCCCGCUUCCCUGGCCUCUCUGGCUCCUUCUCGCUUCUUCUCCCUAAUCUCUGAAAAUGGCUGAGAACCCAUUACAGGCACUCUUCCAAACUUUCACAAAAAUCUCAAACACAGUUCAGACCCAUCUCUCUAAUCUCGUACCCCAACCUCACCCCACUUCACCCAUCACCAAAGCCCCCUCCAUCUCCAUCUCUUCCUCCUCCCAAGUCACCCCAUCGCACAAUGACUCCACCCAACAUCUCAUCAACAAGGGGAAGUCGAGUGCUCCUGUGACUAAAGAAGGACUUGGAAGGGCCACUUGGACUUUUCUUCACACCCUAGCUGCUCAGUAUCCGGAUAAUCCAACAAGGCAACAGAAGAAGGAUGUAAAAGAAUUGAUGUCAAUAUUAUCACGAAUGUACCCCUGCAAGGAAUGUGCAGAUCAUUUUCAAGAAAUUCUGAGAUCAAAUCCUGUACAGGCUGGAUCUCAUGCUGAAUUCUCCCAAUGGCUAUGUCAUGUGCAUAAUACUGUCAACAGAAGCCUUAACAAAGUGAUUUUCCCCUGUGAACGAGUUGAUGCAAGGUGGGGCAAGUUAGAGUGUGAACAGCGUGCUUGCGAUGUACUAGGAAGUUCCACAAGCUUUUGGAAAUAACCACUUUCUGCACUAGCAUUGGAUGAUUAAAAUUGGUAGUAUAAUGGUACACAAUCAACUCAUAUAUAAGGUUUGAAUUAUAUAUAACUUACAAUCAUUGAAUCCUAAAGAAAAAUCCUUCUUUCAUUUUA